GCUGUGGUUGGCUGCAGUCUCUAAAAAGGUUCAAGCUAUUUUUUUACAGCUUAGUGUCUGUGGCUCCAUAAUUAAUUGUAGCUAGCUGUCUCAUAUCGACGUGUUUUUAAGGAACAUGAAAUAGUUGUUGUGUUUUUUUUUAAUUAGAGGAGUUGCCAGGGCAAGAGAUUUGAAGUCCAACUGCUGCUGGUUGUUGCUACUCUAUCUUACUUGUGAUGUUGGAUAUGGGAGAACGGAAAGAAGUCAAAAUGAUUCCUAAAUCAUCGUUCAGUAUAAACAGUCUGGUUCCCGAAGCCGUGCAAAGCGACAACCACCAUCAUCACCACCAACACCACAGAGCGGUGCAUGAAGAAGAGGAGAAGACUCCUUUACCUGUCCAAGCACAGGAGCAGAAGUCGGAGAACACUUGCGCUAAAAGUGACAAUUCAUCCCACGACUCCUCGUGCGCGGACGAGAAGGACAAGCAGGAAGAGAAACGGGACUCGAAAGAAGGCGAAGGAGGCAAAGAAGGCGACAAGAAAAACGGCAAGUACGAGAAACCACCUUUUAGCUACAACGCUUUGAUUAUGAUGGCUAUCCGGCAGAGUCCGGAGAAGCGGUUAACCCUUAACGGCAUUUACGAGUUCAUUAUGAAAAAUUUCCCGUAUUACCGGGAGAACAAGCAGGGAUGGCAGAAUUCCAUCAGACACAACUUGAGUUUGAACAAAUGUUUUGUUAAAGUGCCCCGGCACUACGAUGACCCCGGGAAGGGAAACUACUGGAUGCUUGACCCCUCCAGCGACGACGUGUUCAUUGGCGGCACGACGGGCAAACUUCGGCGCAGAUCGACCACUUCUAGGGCAAAGCUGGCGUUUAAAAGGGGCGCGAGGCUUACUUCCACCGGACUGACAUUUAUGGAUAGAGCUGGCUCUUUAUAUUGGCCAAUGUCGCCGUUCCUCUCGCUCCACCAUCCGAGGGCGAGCAGCGCGUUGAGUUACAACGGUACGUCCUCGGCUUACCCUAGUCACCCAAUGUCCUAUAGCACAAUGUUGACUCAAAACAGUUUGGGGAACAGUCACUCUUUCCCUGCCUCCAAUGGCUUGACUGUUGACAGACUCGUGAAUGGAGAGAUUCCGUACGCCACACAUCAUCUCACAGCGGCCGCUUUGGCCGCCUCUGUGCCAUGUGGGCUCUCCGUACCCUGCUCCGGGACGUACUCUUUGAAUCCGUGUUCAGUGAACCUACUGGCGGGCCAGACCAGUUAUUUCUUCCCCCACGUCCCUCACCCAUCCAUGACCUCCCAGAGCAGCACGUCCAUGAGCUCCAGGGCCGUCUCUUCCUCCCCGCAAACGGCCUCCUCUCUCGCGUGUGACUCCUUAAGGCCUUCCCUACCUAGUUUUUCCUCCGGACUUUCCAGCGGACUUUCUGACUACUUCACACAUCAGAAUCAAGGGUCAACAUCAAAUCCACUUAUACACUAACUAGCAUCCACAGGAUCAGACUGUAAGUGAACAUUUUCCACCAAUUUACACUGUAAUAUAUAGGCUUAAAAAUGAAAAAAAAAGAAUGAACAGACAAUGCAAGCCGAAAUCCAGGUAUUUUGUAUUAUUAUUAUUAUUAUUAUUAUUAUUAUUAUUAUGCAUUUAUUUCUGACUGUAUACAAACGUCAAGUGUAGCGGAACUGUUUAUUAUUCCACUGUCAGCAACGUGCAAUGCGACCAGAGUAAAAAAAAAGGAUGAAGCAUAGUUUUUUUUUUUUUUUUUUGAAAGGCAGUAUGAUUACUUUAGAAUGUUUAUUUAAAUAGUUGUUGCAGUUUUGUCUAAUUUUAAAUGUUAAAAUAUCUAAUAGCUACAUUACAGAACAACCUCCAGUCAUGUUUGCAGUAUUAUCAUGUCAUGAGCGCACUGGGGUGAGAUUUUUCAGAAAUUAACACAAAGUUUUAUUUUCAUUUUUAAAUAAAUAUGUUCUAAGUGCACAAUGCCCGUUCAAAUCCGUGGCUCCUUGUGGUUUUGUUUUUAAUACAGACUGAAUACUUCAUCUAUAGUGCAUUUUUUACACAUAUUAACAAUACAGUUUCUUUGUAGACCAAAGAAUGGGUAUCAAUCAACAAAAUAUAGUUUUUUUUUUUUUUUUUUUUUUUUUU